GCCACAUUCAAAGACAAGUCCGGCUUUCAAGUGAUUCCCGCCCGACGUAUGAUCGCCUACUCAGGCGUUCCCCAGAUGUUUGCGCUCAACAAAUACUGCGAUUACUGCGAAAUUGAAUACAUCACGGUGCAUAAUUUGGUGGACGUGAUUGAAUACGAUGAGCAGAUAUGCGGCCUAAAUAGGGCCCAAUUCUUGGAGAUGGCGAUCGCAGAGUCGGGAACCAUAUCACUGCUGUGCCGGUACAUCGAGAACGGCUAUAUCGCGGGCUAUGCCAUAUUCAAGACCACAAAUGACAACUCCAUAAGCCCUCAGCCCCUCUACGCCAACAGCGACGACAUCGCCGAAGCGCUUACUUAUAACGGGAUAAUCAAGUUUGUGGGCUAUGACGGGCUCUAUCUGGAGACCUGGGAUGUGAACGAUGGCGCGCAGUAUUUGGCAGAAAAGCUAGGGCUCAGUGUCCGCCGUCGAGUGCCCAUUAUGUUUACCCGCGAGGACUUGUCCGCCAACUAUAAGAAUAUCUAUUUUAUCGGUCCGUCCGGUUUCUAUCCAUUUUAA